AAACAGUUUCUCUCCGGGCUGCGCAUGAAUCGGUCCGCAGCAGCAACCCGGCAGAGCCGCGGUGUGUGUCGUGUGGUGCCCCCUACCUACCCUAUACAUAAGCUGAUUAAUUCAUGCAUUCAUUGUGAUCAAGUGCCCUUUACAAGAGUGAAAGUUUCGACACGCAUCUUCUUCAGUAUUUUGCUGGGUCAAUAUAUAUCAAAGGCAUAGUGUAAUACGGUGUGUUCUGUUUGACGGAAUUCGUAGAGCGAAAAUUUUAAGAGUAAUUUGAUUUCUUUAAAAAUACCCAAGCAAGCGGCGAGAAAGCAUCGAGACCGGCAGUGUCUGUGCAAUAGGAAAAUCCGGCAGUCAAACUUUCACUCGUAGUGUAUCCCGUCAUCGCUUUGCAUGAUCUCUCGCAAAAAGGGCAAUAAUCAGUCAUUAAAGGACAGCGAAAGUGUUUUAGUUUUAAUAUUGACAAAAUUUUACGUCCGGAACAACUAAAGUGUAGUGUGCUGCAAUGUUCUAAAAAGCCUUCGUAAGCUGAAAACAAAUAGUGCUAUAAUUAAUGCUGAAACACAAGAUGUGAUAGAUGCAGAAUAAACCAUCGGUUACAAAAAUGGAAGAACUAAACAACUUACUUCAAACGGACCUGCUAACCGCUGCCGGUUCUGCGACCCUGUCGCUCGACGAAAACAUGAGCUCCGGUGGUAUGAUGGCGUCGACGAUUCUUACGACCACUACAACGGCUGCCACGUGCUACCAGCGGUUUGCUAGAAGUCGAAAGAACAUCACAAACGAAGAGUUCAGUUCCGCCUUUGACGCCAGCGAAAAAAACCCAAUAACAUGCACCAGUCCGUCGGCAACGGUAUUCAGCAGUCAGCAGCGACCGAACACAAAUGGCGAAUGUUGCGGUCAACAUACGUGUCAAUUAGGUAACGGUUGCUGUGCGGACGACGCAAACAACGAUCGGAGCAGCAGUCCAGCGGAGCUAGUUUGCGGCAAGCAGGACGUCUCGUACUACAAACAACGCCAGUUGCUUAGCUACGACGACGCACCGAAGCACCUGCAGUUCAAUCCAUUCAUUCGAAGUGGCUACCGAACCAUUCUGUCCACCAAGCUCUGCCUCGAGAGUAUUUUCUGGUGGACGAACGAAACCAUCAACAUCUGGAGUCAUGUUUUCGGUUGGUUCCUGUUCAUCGGGUUGGCCUAUUCGGAUAUUGUGCUGUUGGAAAUGCACGCGAGUAUGGUGGAUAAGUUGAUCGUCGGUUCCUUGCUCGUUUGUUUCCAGGUUUGCAUGAUACUGUCUUCCAUAUAUCAUACUUUCUCCUGUAAAUCGGAGCAAAGUUAUGAAUGUUUUCUGGCGUACGAUCUGUUCGGGAUUGCACUAUCGCUGUUGGCCAUCUUCAUCAGCGGCAUUUAUUACGCCUUCUGGUGCAACGCGGAACUGCGAAAUUUUUACAUCAUUACCAUCGGUGUAAUAUUCACGGUAGCCAUGGUCCUGCAAAUCCCCCGACUGAAAGUGAACUCCAAUGUCAAGAUGAUGGCCUUCGUUGCGUGGGCGGCGUACGGUGUGGUUCCAACGCUCCAUUGGUACAUCGUGAUGGGUGGUGCAGAAAGUACCAUGGUCCAGCUAUUCAUUCCACGCGUGAUGAUGAUGUACCUGUUGACGGGUACGGCCUUCUUGAUCUACGUCACAAGGAUUCCGGAACGGUGGUUCGCUGGUAAGGUGGACUAUAUUGGCCAUUCGCACAACUGGUGGCACAUAUUUGUGCUAGCGGCGCUCUAUUACUGGCACAAUAGUGGUUUGGCCUUUGCAUUUUUCAUGAUUGAUAACGGAUGUGUGGAGGAUAGAGAUAAAUGUUACCGCUUGUAAAUAAACAGGUCAAAGUGAAGCGUAUAGGUGCACAAUUGGCACCAUUUCUAUUUAUGUAUAGCCUUGCAUAAACCCAAAUAAUCAAACGGAAGGAGCAUUGGCGGGGUGUUGUCACUUGAUUUCGGUUACCGUUUAGUUUCUGCAUGAAUCUACUUGGGCUCUAUUCUCACAGUCACGUCACCUAGUGACUAGAAGAAAAUUUUCUUCUAGUCGUCACUAGGUGACGUGUCUGUGAGAAUAGGGCUCCUUAUCUUUUUCGUUUCGGUGUGUUUGGGUUGCGGAACUACACAACUGUAGGGCAAUAGAAUCGUAACAUUCCGACUAUUGCAUUAAUAUAAAGUAAAGAUCGGUACAAGUUGCAACUUCUUAGUUGGUAUUAGGUGUUAGAAUCAAUGCAAAAGUAGAGAAUUUUGCUGAAAAUAACAUUCUUUUGUGAACGGAAAAAGACCAUAUAUCAAUUUAAAACGCGUUGUAACUUAAUAGAAACUGUAGGAACCGAUUUCCAUAAGACAUUUAAACUUACUUAGUUAUAUUGUUCACGCAAAUUCGAAAAUUCCAAUGCAUUGGUUAAACGUAGGAUGACCCUUUUUUACAGGGCAAUAUGAAUACGUGUUCUUUGGACUCUUUCAACACAAACCUACUCAAACUGUUUUAAACAUUUCUUUACGAUGCUAUAAGGAGAAAAAUUUAGGAGAAAUCCAAUUUUUCUCACCUAAUGAGAAAAUUGGGAUUUUUUUUUAAUUUUAAGCUUGCUAGUGGAAUAAUUGAUAGUCCCAAAAUAAAUGACUCUCCCGUUGAUAUACUAUCUGCAAGCUUCUUCAGUGCCUGUAUCGGUUCUUGUUUCCAAUAUACUAUCUUUUUCUCGAAAUACGACAGUGCAGACGGCAUUGAGUUAUAACAGUCUCGGAACAAAAAUAUUAAGAGAGUUCGACAUAAUUGAUAGGAUAUCCAAUUUAAAAUAUAUGACUGUAUUUUUUGUUUAAAUGUACAUGCUAAAAGUUGUUCAAAAAAGUAGGAUUGUUUUGAACCUGUUCACUCAAGCAAUCGUUUCACAGAAUAUUUCAUGUAGGUAAAACCAAAUCGGGUAUAGUCACACAAACCUAAUGUUAACAGUGUUGCCAGUAGGACGAAACACCGUAAGUUAUGGGUAUUAGGUAUAACAUUUGACUAGACUGACAUUGUUCUUAGCUUUGUCAAUCAACCUAAGUCAAAUGAUGUGAGCUGAUCUACUCCAUACCAGAAAUUAAUAUAUUCCAGUCAAAUCACAAACAGUAUUUAUUUGAUUGACCAAAACUUAAUAAAUUUAACCUUAUUAAACGAGUGUAGGAAAAACUCAACUUCGUAACAAACAAUAUAUAUUAAACAAUUAUUGAUGAAAUUGUUCUUAAAAUGCAUGUUAUAACAGCAUCGCUUAGCGCAAACCACGCUGUAGAUAGAUGCAACCUAAGCUCUACAACUUCAAGCUCAAAACCAGACGCAGACAAACAUUUUUGCACGUUACAAAGCCAUCUCGCCCUUCAUUUAAAAUAGUUUUUAGCCUGCUAACACCUGCUCACACCAGUCCGAAUUUAUAACUGAUCCAAACAA